AUGACUGAUGGGCAGAUACGCAAAGGUGGCUCUAGGAACCUUCUGAAACACAUCUUGGAUGGCGCGAACACCAAGACCUCGCAGAGGGACGCGAUGAGCAAGCUGCUGUACGAUGCCUGCAAGACCGAAACACCGGACGAGCUCAUAGCAAGACUGACGGCCAAGUACCUACCCGUGGCGGAUGCGGCAGCGCCCAAGAACGCGACCUCGCAAUAUUCAGGUCGGCCUAACACGGAGCUUGAUGUCGACUUCACCACGGAAGUGAUCAUACAAGCGCUCAGAGAUCUCAACAGCCGAUCCGCACCGGGCCCGGAUAAGAUCACUAACAAGACCCUCCACAAUCUGGACGAGGGCGGCGCGAAACAGCUCACUGCGAUAGUCAAUGAGACGUGGCGUUCAGGCAAAGUUCCCAUAGAAUGGAAGACGGCCAAAACGGUCUUCAUACCGAAACCCGGGCUCGAUGACAUCCCUACCUUGCUCAACCUGGCCAUGAUAGGACUGUCCAGGCAACUGACUCGCAUCGAGAACCUCCAACACACCUUCUAUACAGAUGACGUGACCAUGUGGGUGACAAGGGGAAGCGAACGACAAAUCGAGCACACUCUACAAGAUGCGAUCCGAACCACUGAGGAGUACCUCAAACCAACAGGCCUGCGGUGCUAG